AUGUUCAUUGCAUACCUCCCCCCACCGAACUAUUACUCACGCACGAGGACGUUACAGGGCAAGGUUAACGAGCUGCGCCUCGAGCUGAACACGGGCGGCAAGAAGGACAAGAACUUCACGAACAAGAAGAUCGCCUUGAAGAAGAUCGUCGCCAACAUGACCAUGAGCAACAAUGACAUGGUCGCCCUGUUUCCGGAUGUCAUCGGCUGCAUGCACAUACAGAGUCUCGAGAUCAAGAAGAUGUGCUUCCUGUACUUGGUCAACUACGCCCGAAUGCGCCCAGAGAUUGCGGUGAAAGCAAUCCCAGUCCUGGAACACGAUAUGGAAGACCCGAAUCCUCUCGUUAGAGCUCUUGCAUUACGGACAAUGUCCUAUAUCCAUGUCCGGGAGUUUGUCGAAGCCUCGGUUCCAAUAGCGAAACACCUCCUUCGCGAUUCAGAUCCAUACGUGCGGAAGACGGCGGCAUUCUGCGUUGCUAAACUCUACGACCAUGACAGGCACAUGGUCGAGCAGUCGGAUCUUAUCGACCGGUUAAAUGGCUUGCUCAGAGACGACAAUCCCACAGUGGUGGCCAGUGCUUUGGCGAACUUGAUGGACAUAUGGGAGAGGAGCGAUGCGAUAAAGCUCACGAUCGACUAUAGCAACGCUUCCAAGAUGGUUGCUAUACUGCCGGACUGCUCAGAAUGGGGCCAGACAUACAUCCUCGAGGCACUGAUGUCCUACGUCCCCGAAGAGUCUGGCGAAGCACUCCUCCUUGCCGAACGCAUCUCCCCGCGCCUCUCACACUCGAACUCAGCGGUAGUGCUAACCUGCAUACGAGUGAUAUUGUAUUUGAUGAACUACAUUGCCGACCAGAAGCAAAUAUCGGCGUUGUGCCGGAAGCUGUCCCCCCCGCUUGUCACGCUCCUUGCCAAAGGUCCGGAGGUGCAGUAUUUGGCUCUGCGGAACGCCCUCCUAAUUCUCCAACGGAGGCCUGAAGUGCUCCGAAACGAUAUCCGCGUUUUCUUCUGCAAAUACAACGAUCCGAUCUACGUCAAGGUAACAAAAUUGGAGCUCAUCUUCAUGCUCGCAAACGAGAAAAACAUCGACGAGGUCUUGACCGAGCUGCGUGAAUACGCGACCGAGAUCGACGUGCACUUCGUGCGGAAGGCAGUGAGGGCAAUCGGCAAACUUGCCAUCAAGAUUGAGCCGGCGGCGCAGCAGUGCAUCACCCUCCUGCUGGAACUGGUGGCAACGAAGGUUACGUACAUAGUGCAGGAGGCGACGGUGGUUAUUAGAAAUAUCUUCCGCAAGUAUCCGAACCAGUACGAGAGCAUCAUCAGCACGCUCUGCGAGCACCUCGACAGCCUGGACGAGCCCGAAGCCAAGGCGGCGAUGGUGUGGGUCAUUGGCCAGUACGCCAGCCGCAUUGAGAACAGCGACGUCCUGCUGGAGGACUUCCUCUAUUCGUUUGCCGAGGAGCCGGUCGAGGUCCAACUCGCGCUGCUGACAGCUACCGUCAAGUUGUUCAUCCAGCGCCCAACCAAGGGACAAGAUCUCGUACCGAAGGUGUUAAAGUGGGCAACAGAGGAAACGGACAACCCGGACCUCCGGGAUCGCGCAUACAUGUACUGGCGCCUCCUCUCGACCGACAUGGAGGCAGCCAAGCGCAUUGUCAUGGGCGAGAAGCCAGCCAUCACGGCGGAGUCGGAACGGCUCGACCCGGCUACCCUGGAGGAGCUCUGCCUCAACGUUGGCACGCUAGCGACGGUCUACCUCAAGCCCGUGCAGACCGUCUUCCGCAACGCACGCCCCCGCCGCUUGCAAGACAGUCCGGCGCUCCGACGCCAGCCAGAGACCGAUGGCAAUGGCGACGGCGACGGUGAUGGCACCGACUCCAACAAGUUCCUCAGCCAGUUCGGCGAGGGCGGCCAGCCGUCGGACUACGACCCCCGCGCCGGCGGGGGUGCGGGCCAGAACGGGCAGGCCGGCGGCCUUGCCCAGGCCGUCAACGAUGCGGACGCCUACUUCGCCGGCCAGAUGGCGGGCAUGCGGAUACAGGAGCAGGGGGAUAGCUUCGGCGGCAGCGGGAGUGAUGGGACGGGGUACAUUGUCAGCCAGAACGCGCCCCAGACUGUGUACCAGCCGGCACAGGGGAAUGGGGAUUUGUUGAUGCUCUGA